AUGCGUUCUCUUGUGUUUUUUUGGCGAUUAGGUGCCGUUUUUUCCUUCCCCUCUCUGCCUUUUCUUCAUCCUGGUCUGAUGAGGCAACCGUCGGACACCGAGGAGCCACUAGAGCCGAAAGGGUCCUUUAACAGCGAUUGUAUAUCGGAGCCGGGUAGUGCGCCUUCUGUUUCGGCGGUGGAUAAAGGGGCAGAGGCCUUGGAUCAGUUACGCCGUGCUCAUGCCGCGAUGCAGCAGUACAUGACAGCCGAGAUGGAAGCCUACGCGGAGGAUUGGAAAUUACUGGGGAACUGCAACGAAGUAAUGGAGGGUCGGUGUCAAGAGGUUCGAGCCUCGGCGAAGGAUGCCGUGAAAGAGCUGGAAAAGACGGCGGAGUUGAUGGAGCAUUCGCUUCCUCAGCUUGCUUCCAUUGAUAAGAUUGAGGCGCAGCUAGCGACACUAACGGAGGCAGUGAACAGAAUCGACGAAUAUAGCAAAGCUCUAGCAGAUCGUUUUGAAUGCACAUGA